GUAUAGCCACACUGGUGAAAAGCGUAAGGACUCCUCCAUAACGUAGUUUGAGGUUUCACGCCUGCUAACAAUUUUCACAGCCUUCCACUGCGAAGUUGAGGGAUGCGGUCGCCAAUUCUCAGUUGUCUCUAACCUCAGGAGACACAAGAAGGUCCACAAGCCCCAGAGCGAGACGCCAUCUGAGACUGGUUCCGAAGCGGGCCAGCACUCGGAAUAAACUAUCCGAUGCAUUUCGCGGAACUCUUCUUUUUUUACAUCAUGCCCCUCGAUAGACUACACACUUUAAUUUCCAACAUUCGCUACAUGUAACACUAUCGGCACCGGAACCCUUCAGCAUAUCACACCACGGUCUAUAUCGAUCCCGGGAAAAAAUGGAUUCGAAAAUCGACAUAAACAAUUGCGACUCGCUACCGCCUACCAAGUACACGAAUGGGGUCGGCGGUACCCGCUCCGCAUCUCAUAGACUUACGUUUCGCAAGGAGGGACAGCAGGCGAUCCCUCCAUCAUUCCCUGCUGUCGGUCAUUGGCAGCAGAGGCGCUCGGCGUUGGAGUUCAGGUAGACGAGACUUGUCGAUCACAACGAGCAAGCUGCCCCGCAUGGACCGCCAACCGCGGGGAGCUGGCCAACAUCUUUUAAUCGUUUCAUUUUCCUUUUGGGUUCAUUGGUUGAUUAGGUGGGGAAAGAACGGGGAAGAUACCAAGGGGGUCAUCAUCCAAGGGAGGUUGCGAAAGGAAGGGCGCCUUUCCACGGGGACCACAAAUCUCAUGAACCGGCGUUUCGGUGGGCUUGCUUUUCAGAUCUUUGUUUUUGUUGCAUCCGGGAAUGCAUUUUCUCGACUGUCGUUUAAGAGAUACACAGGUUUGGAUGGACAUGGUUUUAGGUUUCGGUUGGUCAAUCAGGGGUUUUUCCAUUAUCAUCAUAUCAUCAUCAUUUGAUCAGGACAAGAAGAAGAAUACCCAGCUUGGACAUAUUUGAUUGGCCUAUCGGAAGGAGGGAAGGGGAAACAGGCUCGGUAGAUACCACUAUAUGGUGACGACUUCAAAAGGAUGUUACAAAGAGCGGAGGAACAUUCAUGUAUCAUCUAAGCUCAAGCACAUUGCGAAACCUAAUUAUGUACUACUACAACUAUCAAACUUGUCACUACCAAGCA